AACACACGUUACAAUGAAAUAUAUAAAAGACUUGAAAUAAAAUAGCAUGAUUUCCAGGUAAUAGCUAUUACUUACGUCAGGUUGUCAAUGUGGAUCCUGGGAAGCUUUCUUUGACCUAUUAAAUUUGUAUUGGCUGGGACUUUGAUUAAAUUUGGGUAGAUAAUUAAAGGAUACUUAAUAAUUGAAAAAAUGCCCCGUGUACACGCCGCGUUGCUUGCGUGCGUGUUUCUAGCUGUCACUCUUUUUGUGGGCGAAAGCUUAGGGUUCAGCAGCGGUAGCGUAAGUCUUGCAUGCGACAGCAUGUAUCCUCUUCACCUAACCCUCGGACCGCAGCGCAGCCGAUCUCCGUUCGUCAUCCACGCCAGCAAGGAAGAUAAUAACACCAUCAGAGUGACGCUUACUUCCGAGGCGGAAACCUUUCGCGGCUUCUUCCUGCAGGCCCGCGACAAAGACGACCAGAGGGUCGGCAAGUUCUUGAGCGUGCAAGGCGAUGGACAAAUUCUGCGCUGUGACGAAGAGGGUAAUUCAGUGUCGCACAAAAGUCCCGAGGAUAAGCGUCAAGUUUCGAUGACGUGGGUCCCUCUUCAGCAUCGCGGGGCUGUGAUAUUUCAAGCCACUGUGGUGCAGCGGUACAACACAUUUUGGACGAAUAUCAGGUCUCGAAUGUAUAACGUUUCGUAAUAAUUCAUCAUUCACAGUAAGUGUAGCCGGAGAGUAAAUGAAUUCCCCCACUGUUUUAAGUAUUCAACGGUGCGUUUAGGUUUUAAAGUCGUUAUAAACAAUUUUACAGUUUGUACAUCGUUGACUACAGUCAGUUUAUAAUAUCUUCAAGAAUCUAAGAUGCUUUAAUACGAGUGGUUCUUUUCCGUAUAACCUAGGUUUUUGCACUAAGUUGUUAUUCAACAAAACGCUGUUCAGGAAGUGGUACCGUAAUCACUAUACACGUAGAAUGUGACAUUCGUCAGCCUUCUGUAUUGUCAUUUCUCAAUUUUACUAUUUGUACGUUACAUAAUCUGAACUUUGACAUUUUACUAUCCAAAUCGUUCUUCAUCACAACUGAAGAAAAUAAACGGACCUCGGUGCGUAUCAAACAAACAUCUGGAAUAACAUUUUAUUGUCAAUGUAAAUGUUUAGACAUUUUCUCUGUAAGUGAAUAGUGACGCCGGAGCUGAAACUUCUUGUCCCCAGUAAAUUAUUCAUCCAAAAAAAUCUCUACUGUACAGGCAAUUUUUAUUUUAUAACAUUUUUUUUAUUUUAUCGGUAGCUUCAAUCGUAAAACAGUGAGAAUACAAUAUCAAUUCUGACGGAUAUUUUAUCGCUCACGCUAAUGUAUUAUUUACAAAUGGGUGGAAAACAUUCAAAUUUGAAUUACACGAAUUUCUUUGAGUGGAGUAGUUUUUUCGUCCCCUAGAUUGAUGAGGUCAUACCUGAAGACUUAAUUUUCUCAGUAUUGAUUCCAGAAAAUGGUAUGGUGGGUAACCAUAUCAUUCUUAACUCUCAACAAGUGCUGGAUUUCUCAACUACUAUUUUAGUUCUCUGAUUUACUCAUAUCGCAAUUAUCUGAAAUGACAAAAAAUAUAGCUCUGAUUUGCAGUUAGCAUUUAUGAAAAUGAUU